UUUACACACUUCAUACCACAUCUAUAUAAUUGCACUUGCCAAUCACGUCAGACAUAAUUUGAGAGAAACAUAAACAUCCCACAAAGACAUCCCACAGAGAGAGAGAGAGAGUGUGUGUGUGAGAGAUAGAACAAAAAUGUGUUUGAUAAUAUAUGUUUGUGAUGCAGAAGAGAAAGAACUAGGAAGACAAGCAGCAGCAGGAGCAUGCCCUUCUUGUGGAGGCAAAGUUCAAGCUGUGGAUGUUGAGAGUAGAUGGAAAUUUUGUUUCCUUCCUCUUUGCUUCAUCAUUAAGAGAAAAUAUCAAUGUACUCUUUGUUCUAGGCGUUUAGUCUUGUAUUCUUCUUGAACAAAAACUUAAUUGUCCAAAUUUCUUCAUGUCUUUUUCUCUCUUUCCCAAUUUCAUGAGGAUGAGUUCUCCACUCUGUCCUUCUUCCAAUUCAUUUUUUUAAUAACGGUGAUGUUUGAGCUAGCUAGUACGGAUAUACAUGACCGAUCUCAAUUUAUUUGGGAUUACUGGUUUUCGGUGAUGUUCGAACGAGCUUGUGUGUACCUAUUGCCUUGUACCUUAUUCUUUCUUUCCCAUUGCAUGAGGAUGAGUUCUCCACUUCCCUCUUCUUCCAAUUAGUUUCCUUUUUUAUUGGUGAUGUCCGAGCUAGUGUGGAUUUAGCUGAUCUUGGCUCAUUUGGGACUAAAGCGUACUUCUUGUUGGUGAUGUUCAAGUUUGUGUACUUCAACUGUUUUGUCCGGCACCUGUAAUUGCCUUCCACCUUGUUCUCCCUUUCCCAUUCGAUGAGCACGGGCGAGUUUCCCCUUCUCCCUCUCCUAAUUCCAAUUGAUUCAAUCCUUUUAUAAUGGUGAUGUUCAAGUGAGUGAGGAUUCAUAUAUAGUCAAUUUCAACUUAUUUAAAAUUGAGGCUUUCUUGUCGUUGGUGAUGUUCGAGCUAGUAAGGAUUUAUGAAGCUGAGCUCGACUUAUUUGGAACUGAAGCGUACUUGUUGGUGAUGUUCAAGCUAGCUUUUGUGUACUUUGACUGUUUUGUCUUGCCUCCCACUAAUACCAGUACGUGGUAACAUUUUUUGUUCCUGCUGAGAUUUGGACUUAAUCUCUUAUGAUUUUCAUCCAUCGCAUGGUGGAUGCUUUUCUAUUUUGUUUUUUCUUGGUCUCUGCAAGUUUCAUUGUAAUUUCAAGAUGUUUGGGUCAUGCAUUGUUAAUCUUUAUUUUUUAAAGGAGGAAUGGAUGUUAUUCACUGCUAUUUGAUUGAUAUAUCAUCAAUUUUAGUAUCCAGAGGCCACAAUUUGUAACGCAGUGUCAUGAAUUCCAAUGAUUUAUGUACUAAUACUACUGAA